UAUUGAAAGAUUCAGUACAAAACUUUGUAGACAGGUAUAAUAAAAUCUAUCAAUUGAAAUCAGCUAAGCAAAAAGUAGGAAAUAAGUAUUAUUUAACCCUAUUGUACAGAUGAUAAUGCCCAGUACUUCACAGUAAGUGGCAGAGCUAGAAUUCAAGCCAAAUUUGACUCCAGAGGCCAUGCUUCUAGCCCUAACCAAGACUGGAUAGUAGUUCCCUGAAUCCAUCUAGCUUAAUAGUCCCUUUUUCCAAUUGUAAAUUACAAUGCGGUACGCACUUUACAAAAACUUGGCAGUUCUGCCUUUCUUGAGAAACUUCCAUCCAGGCGCCCGCAGGUGGCGCUGGGGCUCCCUGAGACGCUCUAUCCGAGCUGGCAAUUCUAUGGUCCCAGGCCUCACGGGCCGCCGCAGUACUUCCGGGCGCCGAUCCAGGAUGCAGAAGGUCUUGGUGUUGCUCUUCCUGGUCUGGGUCUGUUUGCUCUUCUAUGCUGGCAUCGCCCUCUUCACCAGUGGUUUCCUUCUCACCCGUUUGGAGCUUACCAACUACAGCAUCUGCCAAGAGCCCCCAGGCCCUGGCUUCCUGCCAUGGGGGAGCCAAGGGAAGCCUGGGGCCUGCUGGAUGACUUCCCGGUUCUCCAGAGUUGUGUUGGUACUGAUAGAUGCUCUGCGAUUUGACUUUGCCCAGCCCCAGCAGUCACAUACGUCUGGAGAUCCUCCUGUCUCCUUGCCUUUUAUGGGCAAAUUAGGCUCCUUGCAGAGGCUUCUGGAGAUUCAGCCCCACCAUGCCCGGCUCUAUCGAUCUCAAGUUGAUCCCCCCACCACCACCAUGCAGCGCCUCAAGGCCCUUACCACUGGCUCACUCCCUACCUUUAUUGAUGCUGGCAGUAACUUUGCCAGUCACGCCAUACUAGAAGACAAUCUCAUUAAGCAGCUCAACAGUGCAGGAAGGCGUGUAGUCUUCAUGGGAGAUGACACCUGGAAAGACCUUUUCCCUGGAGCUUUUUCCAAAGCUUUCUUCUUCUCAUCCUUCAAUGUCAAAGACCUACACACAGUGGACAAUGGCAUCCUAGAACACCUGUAUCCCACCAUGGACAGUGGUGAAUGGGACGUGCUGAUUGCUCACUUCCUGGGUGUGGAUCAUUGUGGCCACAAGCAUGGCCCUCACCACCCUGAAAUGGCCAAGAAACUUAGCCAGAUGGACCAGGUGAUUCGGGGACUUGUGGAGCGUCUGGAAAAUGACACCCUGCUGGUGGUGGCUGGGGACCAUGGGAUGACUGUGAAUGGGGACCAUGGAGGGGACAGUGACCUGGAGGUCUCAGCUGCACUCUUUCUAUACAGCUCUACACCCCUCUUCCCCAGCGCCCCACCAAAGGAUCCAGAAACAAUUCCUCAAGUCAGCCUUGUGCCCACAUUGGCCCUGCUACUGGGCCUCCCCAUCCCAUUUGGGAACAUUGGGGAGGUGAUGGCUGAACUGUUCUCAUGGGGUGAGGACUCCCGGCCUGACUCUUCUGCACUCGCCCAAGCCUCGGUGCUCCAUCUCAAUGCCCAACAGGUAUCCCGAUUUCUUCAUGCCUACUCAGCUGCUACUCAGGACCUCCAAGUUAAGGAGCUUCAUCGACUGCAGAACCUCUUCUCCAAGGCCUCUGCUGACUACCAGCGCCUCCUGCAGAGCCCCCAUAGGGCUGAGGCAACACUGCAGACUGUGAUUACUGAGCUGCAGCAGUUCCUGCGGGGAGCUCGAGCCAUAUGCAUCGAGUCUUGGGCCCGUUUCUCUCUGGUCCGCAUGGCAGGGGGUGCUACUCUCUUGGCUGCUGCCUGCCUUCUCUGCCUGCUCGCAUCCCAGUGGGCAACUUUCCUAGCCUUUCCUUUCCGCCCUCUACUGCUGAUACCUGUGGCCUGGGCCCUUGCUGGGACCAUUCUGUAUGCUGGAUUAUUAACAGCUACCAGGCUGAAGCUGGAUCUAGUGGUUCUAGGGGCUGUGGCUGCAGGAGGUUCACUCCUGCCUUUUCUGUGGAAAGUCUGGGGUAGCUGGAGGUCUAAGAAGCCCCUGGCAACCAUGCUUCCCAUCCCUGGGCCUGUCCUGUUACUCUUGUUCAUUCGCUUGGCUACCUUUUUCUCUGACAGCUUUGUUGUAGCUGAGGCUAGGGCCACCCCCUUCCUUUUAGGCUCACUCAUCUUGCUCCUUGUUGUCCAGAGGCACUGGGAGGGUGAGCUGCUGGUACCUAAACUGCUCACAAUACCCCGCCUUGGCUCUUCUACCCUAACAGGCCCCCCACGGCACAGUGGUGCAUAUGCCCUGAGGCUUGGCGUUGGGUUGCUUUUAUGUACAAGGCUAGCUGGGCUUUUUCAUCGCUGCCCUGAAGAGACGCCUGCUUGCCACUCCUCUCCUUGGCUGAGUCCUCUGGCAUCCAUGGUGGAUGGUCGAGCCAAAAAUUUGUGGUAUGGAGCUUGUGUGGGAGCACUGGUAGCCCUGUUAGUUGCCGUGCGCCUGUGGCUUCGCCACUAUGGUAAUCUCAAGAGCCCUGAGCCCCCUGUGCUCUUUGUGCGCUGGGGUCUCCCUCUAAUGGCAUUGGGCACUGCUGCCUACUGGGCAUUGGUGUCAGGGGCAGAUGAAGCACCCCCACGUCUCCGGGCCCUGGUUGCUGGAGCAUCAGUUGUGCUUCCUCGGGCUGUGGUGGGGCUGGCUGCUACAGGGCUCAUGCUGCUGCUCUGGAAACCUGUGACAGUGCUGGUGAAGGCUGGCACAGGUGCCCCACGGACCAGGACUGUCCUCACUCCCUUCUCAGGCCCCCCUACUUCUCAGGCUGACCUGGAUUAUGUGGUCCCUCAAAUCUACCGACACAUGCAAGAGGAGUUCCGGGGACGGCUAGAGAGGACCAAAUCUCAGGGUCCCUUGACUGUGGCUGCCUAUCGGUUGGGAAGUGUCUACUCAGCUGCUAUGGUCACGGCCCUCACCCUGUUGGCCUUCCCACUUCUGCUAUUGCAUGCAGAGCGCAUCAGCCUUGUGUUCCUGCUUCUGUUUCUGCAGAGCUUCCUUCUUCUGCAUCUGCUUGCUGCAGAGAUACCCAUCACCGCCCCUGGUCCUUUCACUGUACCAUGGCAGGCUGUCUCAGCUUGGGCCCUCAUGGCCACCCAGACCUUCUACUCCACAGGCCACCAGCCUGUCUUUCCAGCUAUACAUUGGCACGCAGCCUUUGUGGGAUUUCCAGAAGGUCAUGGCUCCUCAACAUGGCUCCCUGCUUUGUUAGUGGGAGCUAACACAUUUGCCUCCCACCUUCUCUUUGCAGUAGGUUGCCCACUGCUCCUGCUUUGGCCCUUCCUGUGUGAAAGUCAAGGGCCGAGGAAGAGGCGGCAGCCCCUAAGGAGUGAAACUGAGGCCAGAGUCAGGCCUGAGGAGGAGGAGGAGCCACUGAUGGAGAUGCGGCUCCGGGAUGCACCUCACCACUUCAAUGCAGCGCUCCUGCAGUUGGGCCUCAAGUACCUUUUUGUCCUUGGAGUUCAGAUUCUGGCUUGUGCCUUGGCAGCUUCCAUCCUCCGCAGGCAUCUCAUGGUCUGGAAGGUGUUUGCCCCCAAAUUCAUUUUUGAGGCCAUAGGCUUCAUUGUGAGCAGCGUGGGACUUCUCCUGGGCAUAGCUUUAGUAAUGCGAGUGGAUGGUGCUGUGAGCUCCUGGUUUGAAAAAUUAGUUCUAGCCCAACAAAGGUAGCCUAGUCUGUGGAUGCUGGCACCUGACUACAGAGACAGCUGGAGAAGAACCUGACCUGGACUAUACAGGUGCUGGAUGAUCUGCAUGAGAGAUUGAGCUUCUACUACCAUGCAGCACGGGGCUGCUGGCUGUGGGACUUUGUUAUUCUAGAAUUCAGGAUCAUAGUGGAGCCUGGUCCCUUUCUCCCUAUUUGGCUGCAUCUGAUGAAUAAAGGGGGUGGUCUCCAAAGUGGAAUAAAAUAAUAAUGUAUCUAUGUAUGUCUGAGAUGUGGGAGAGUACCCACUGUCGUAUAAGGGCUGGGGAGUGUCAGUCUCCCCUCCCAUAAGCACAGAUUGGGCCGACCGUCUCAGGCAGGCUUCGCUAUAUCUGAGAACAUUUGGCCUGAGGUUGGAAUUGCCUGAACUCACUGCCCCUACUUAUUCCUAUUCUACCUGCCAUUUUCUUUUGCCAUCCGGUAUUUUUAAAUUUCUUAUUCGGCUAGUAACAGAGAGGACUGAAACUACAAGCCCAGGCAUCAUGGAGCACAGACUUUCACUGUAUGAAGCCUCAAAUAGUGCAGUCUCUUGCUCUGCUGUGGCCUUUCACUAUAGAACACCUUUUGCCCUAUACUUCUGUGGAAGCCUGUACUGCCUUUAUCAGACCUACUCACCCAUCUUACAGAGCACUGUACCUUUCCCAUUGAUUAUUUUUGACUUGAAGCCAGAACUAUAUGAAUGUAAUGUUUCUCUUGUACAUUUCCUGUGCCCUCUGUCUAUCCUACACUCAUGUCAUUUUUAAAUUUUGUUUUUUGAAGUACUGUACUGGAGAUUGAACCUGGGUUCUCAAGCAUAUUAGGCAAGCCCUCUACCAUUGAGCUAUCUCUUCAGCCUUUAUAUCACUUUGAUAACAGGUUUUCACUAAGUUACCCAGGCUGGCCUCAAACUUGCAAUACUCCUGCUUCAGCCUGGCAAGUUACAGAGGUAUAGGUGUGUGCCAUCUUGCUGGGCUCAGGUGUCAGAUUUGAAAUGCUGAUAAAAGGUCUUUCUGAGUUGUCCAUCAGAAGAAUUGGAAGAGGCUCUAGAGAGAAGGGUCAGGAUUGCAGUUUGUACCCAGGUGUAGAGAUGGGAUUGCUAAAAGAAGAAUAGAUAUUAAAGCCAUGGAACAGGCAGGUGUCGUGGUGCACAUCUGUAAAAGUCCCAGCACUCAGGAGACAAAGGCAGAAGUAUUACCUUGAGUUGGA